AUGAGAUUCUUUCUCCUUCCUAUCUCAACCCGGCGAACUCUGCUAUAUUGCCAGAAGGUUCAAGUCUUACCAAAAAGUAAGCAAACCUUAGUCGACAAGGCUACGGUUCGUGCUUCACAGCUUUGGUCUGACUGGGAGAAAAAAGAGAAUGGUUGGCAGAAGAAAGUUGUGGUCUAUGGUAACUCCCUAUUGAAAAGAAUUCCUUUCGAGGAAUGGGGCCUUAAAUCGGUACCUCCUCUAUCUACUAGACGGAGGGAAGAAGAAGUGCUAGGAAAAGACAAGAACCAUCUUAUUUACCCAGAAACAGUAAUACCUACAACAAAGGCGGUAAACGUCCUUCGAACCCUUGGGACAGAACGGGAAGCGUUACAUAGAACUAGGUUGAUGUGGUGCUUCAUCGGAAUGCCCAUCAGUGCACCGUUUGCUCUUGUACCGGUGAUCCCCAACCUGCCUUUCUUUUACCUGGUGUAUCGAGCUUGGUCGCAUUGGCGAGCCCUUGCAGGCGGCAAACACAUUCAGUUCCUUUGCGAAAAGAAUCUCUUAACUUUAUCCCCAUCGCCAGUACUCGAUUCGAUCUACGCUCCACUCCUCCCUGACCCUCUUGCUUCGAAAGAACAAAUAGCAGACACAGAUAGAGCGAGCAAAUCAACUGCCGGUAAUUCCAAAGAAUUUGCGGAGGAGCGAAUGCUACUUUCGCAAGAGAAUAGGCGACAGCUCGUAAAGGCGCUAGAAAUACCGGAGCUCGAAGUUGAACUUGAACGGGCGAUUUGGCAAGUCGAGACAGCGAUUCAAAAAGAACAGGAAGAGAAGUCCAAACCGCCCGAUACGGAGAAGCCAAAAUGACAUGGUACCGGAAUUCAAGCAAAUAGAUCUCGGGGAAGCUGGUGGCGAAAGGGUAUUUCAUGAUAACAAGAUCACGAAUUCAUAGAUAAUGAGAUACCCGGAUUUGGUUGGGGCAGAUAGAUAAACCGGCCUCGCUCCUC